AUGGUCCCCGCACUGCGCUAUAUCCGCGGUGCCUGCGGCCCGGCCCUCGGAGGUUUCCCCGGGGGGUUCUCCUCCGCAGGCCGGCCGGCGCCGGGGAGGUCCUGGCCGCUGUACCAAGGUGGCCGCCCAGCUAGCACCCGAAAGACUUGAGAUGAGUGGAGUCCAUGUUUGGGACUCAAAAAGAGACCAUUAUAUCCUUUAAGUGGGAGAUCUUCAACACUCCAAAGAAUGGCCUGAGGAAGAGUGGGAGAUCAAUGAUGUGGCCCAAAUUGGAUGCUGUUUAGGAUUUGCAUCAAAAUAAUUUAAUGCAGGAGGAGGUGAAAUAGAUGGGAUAUAGAAAAAGCAACAUUAGCCAUAUGCUUACAAAAGUAGAUAUGUUGGGCAUGAGCUCAUUUGAUGUAGUCGUUAUUGGUGGCGGAAUUGUGGGCCUUGCCUCUGCCAGAGCACUCAUCCUGCGACAUCCAGCACUUUCCAUUGGUGUUCUGGAAAAGGAGAAAGAUUUGGCUAUUCACCAGACUGGACAUAACAGUGGUGUCAUACAUAGUGGAAUUUAUUAUAAACCUGAAUCUCUAAAAGCUAAAUUAUGUGUACAAGGUGCAGCCCUCAUCUAUGAGUAUUGUAAGCAAAAAGGAAUUUCCUACAAGCAAUGUGGUAAGCUUAUAGUAGCUGUUGAACAAGAAGAAAUUCCCAGACUUCAGGCCUUAUAUGAGAGAGGCCGGCAGAAUGGUGUCCAGGGCUUAAGGCUAAUCCAACAGGAGGAUAUAAAAAAGAAGGAGCCAUAUUGUAGGGGUCUAAUGGCUAUUGAUUGUCCAUACACUGGCAUUGUGGACUAUCGGCAGGUGGCUUUGUCAUUUGCCAAGGAUUUCCAAGAAGCAGGUGGCUUUGUCUUGACCAAUUUUGAAGUAAAAGAUAUUGAAUUGGCUAAAGAAAGUCCUUCAAGAAGUAAAGAUGGGAUGAAAUAUCCAAUUGUUAUAAGGAAUACAAAGGGAGAGGAAGUUCAGUGUCAGUAUGUGGUGACAUGUGCAGGACUUUACUCUGACCGUAUUUCAGAGCUGAGUGGCUGUAAUCCUGAUCCUCAAAUUGUGCCAUUCCGAGGAGAUUACCUGAUUUUGAAGCCAGAAAAAUGCUAUCUUGUAAAAGGAAAUAUUUAUCCGGUCCCAGAUAGCCGGUUUCCUUUCCUAGGGGUUCAUUUCACACCAAGGAUGGAUGGCAGUAUUUGGCUAGGGCCUAAUGCAGUUCUUGCCUUUAAACGAGAGGGCUACAGACCCUUUGACUUCAGUGCCAGAGAUAUUAUGGAUAUAAUUAUCAAGAGUGGCUUGAUUAAACUGGUGUUCCAGAAUUUUUCCUACGGAGUUAAUGAAAUGUAUAAAGCCUGUUUUCUCAGUGCAACAGUGAAGCACCUCCAAAAGUUUAUCCCUGAAAUUACUGUCAGUGAUAUACUUAGAGGUCCAGCUGGAGUAAGAGCCCAAGCCCUGGAUAGAGAUGGAAAUCUGAUAGAAGAUUUUGUAUUUGAUGGAGGAGUUGGGGAUAUUGGAAAUCGCAUUCUUCAUGUGAGAAAUGCACCUUCCCCUGCUGCUACUUCUUCUCUUGCAAUUUCUGGAAUGAUUGCAGAUGAAGUGCAACAAAGAUUUAAAUUGUAAAUAAUGUAAGGAGCUAAGUAUGCAUUUUAAUUUCCACAUUCAGCCACAAGAAUAUACUAAUUGUAUUCUUUAAGGAAAAUGAUUUGAAAAUCUUAUUGUUAGGUAUCUCAUUUAGAUAACAACUGAAUUGUUAGAAUGCUGUAACAUAGAAAAAUAAUUUUUUAAAGUCCAUGCUCCUUUGUGAAUAAAGAAGCAAGGUACAGUUGUGUCUGUACUGAAUCCUUGACUGUUAUGGACCUCUCCUCACCAGCCAUGAUCUGGAGAUUUGACUCUUAGAAUUUCUGGAAACGAUGGCACAAAAAAUUGAUUAUUCCCUUAACUUUUUGUCUUUAUAGUAUCUAAGCUUUUUUUUUUCUCUCCUAGAUGAGAAAAUAUAGUAUAUCAUAGGUUGCAAACCUCCUUUUAACUUUGAAGGAUCAAAUGAAAGCUCACAUUAUUUAGAGCAACAGUAUUUGUAUUUGGGAAUUUAAAAUUCUUGAUUUAAAGAAAAUUUAUGAAAUUUCACAUUUUUAAGUAGUUUGAAUAAGAUUCUAUCUUAGCUAUAAUAUUUGUAAGAAAUAACUUUGCAAAGGAAAUGCAAACCCUUUAUUAUUCCCAGUCUUUUUAUAACUGACUUGGUGUAGGGUUCCCAUUAAAUCCAGACAGCAGUACACUAUGAAUGGUUGUUGCCUACUCUUUAGUCUUCUGUGGUUGCAAAACUAAAAGAACUUAGAACUGAUAGGUUUUUAUGUGAGCAGUUUUAGAAUUCUGCCACUGAUAUAUAGAACUCUGUAAUUUUAAAAAUUUACCUCUAUAUCUCUAUUUUUCAGUCAUACCAGGUUUCUCAAACGUUAGCCAAGAUCACUAUUUUAUUCAUGCCUACUUGGUUUUCAGGGAUCCUAUGAACUUUUAUGAGGAUAUUUCUUCAUUUUGAGGAAAUACCUAACUUUGAGGCAUUCACUUUUGUAAACCGCAAAAGUGCCUUACAUUCACGUGUACUUCAUGAGUAUUUAAAUUAUUGCCCAGUGCCAAUACUGUAUACUGUAUAUAUGUGUGUGGUAUCUGUUGAAAUGAUUCUUGCAAUUCAGAAAGUUGGAAAAUAGAAAUAUAAAUGAAUUUAUGGCAGCCCAUUGAUUGGGGAAACUUUAUUACAGCACCACCAGUUAGGCGAGACAUUUUCAUCCCUUCCCUCAUAUAUACUCUCAGGAUUAAUCUUCCACUCUUCAUUCUUUCCUCUUAUCUCUCCAAAUCUGUGUGAUAGAUGACUAAGAAGGAUGUGCAUUUUGACUGAAAGGAAAAACUUCUGUUUUCUUCUUUUUCACUUCAAGCCUCAGUGAUUACAUUGUCUGAGCUACCUCAACCAUUAAUUUGAAAGGCUACACCAUCAACUCAUGUUCAAGAAGUAGCACAUCCCAGGUAGAGACUAGGCAAUUAUUUGACACUUGGGAUGAACAUAUUGAAAGCAUUUAGAAAUCAUUCACAGAAGAAAUUAGCCCUAAUGGUUCUUCAUAACAACUGAUUCCUCCAAGAAAUGUGACACACAGGAUAUUUUUCUGUUCCAUCGCAAGACUAUUAAGAGAUGGAAAAUUUUACAAUUCUCUAUUUCAUAAACAGUGAGAUUACAUAUAUACUAAGCUGUGAAAGACUGAAAUUAUAAAAAUAACUCUCCUCAUUAAAGCAACCCUCAUUCCAUUUGAGUCUAUAUUAUACCCCAAAAAAUAUAAGUGAAAAAAGUUAUUGAAAGUGUUUUGAAUGUGCAGGUUAUUCUGUUUGUAAAACAUUUUAUAUUUAUAUCAAUAGGGUUUUGUUGUGUAAUACUGAUAUAAUAUUUAAAAGUUUUGUGUAUUUCUGAGAUAAGAAAAUGUAAAUUAAUAUUAAAAUAUUUUAAUGAG